GAGAAAAAAAUGUGAGAAUAUUUAAAGCUCAACUACAUAAGUGGUUUAUAUAACUCUACCUCGUUAUUAUUAUUUAUACUCUACUAAUUAAUUGUAUACGUGUUGUUGUUCAACCAUCUUCUGAUCUUCAUCUUCAUAGAAUUCAAAGUAUGAAGAUCUAUAUUUUGCUAGUCAUUACUUCCUUCACAUUUGGUUUCCUUGAGAAAGUUGUUUCAAAUCCAAGUCCUCGUCCAUAUAAGGCAAUUUUCAACUUGGGUGACUCUCUAAGCGACACUGGCAAUUUCCUUGCAUCUGGUGCCAUUUUAUUCCCAGUUAUCGGAAAGCCUCCCUAUGGUCAAACCUUCUUUAAGCGUGCAACCGGCCGUUGCUCAGAUGGACGACUAAUGAUUGAUUUUAUAGCUGAGGCAUACGAAUUGCCUUAUUUACCACCCUAUCUGGCACUUACCAAAGACAAAGACAUUCAACGUGGAGUAAAUUUUGCCGUUGCUGGAGCCACAGCACUUGAUGCAAAAUUCUUCAUCGAAGCAGGACUUGCAAAAUAUCUAUGGACAAAUAAUUCAUUGAGCAUUCAACUUGGCUGGUUUAAGAAACUGAAACCCUCCCUUUGCACCACUAAACAAGAUUGUGAUAGCUACUUCAAACGCUCUCUCUUUCUGGUGGGGGAGAUAGGCGGUAAUGACUAUAACUAUGCUGCCAUUGCUGGAAAUAUUACUCAACUUCAAGCUACCGUUCCUCCAGUCGUUGAAGCAAUAACAGCGGCCAUUAAUGAAUUGAUUGCUGAAGGAGCAAGGGAGCUGUUGGUGCCGGGGAAUUUUCCAAUUGGAUGCUCUGCGCUAUACCUAACUUUAUUUAGAAGCGAGAACAAGGAGGACUAUGAUGACAGUGGAUGCUUGAAAACUUUCAAUGGCUUUGCAGAGUACCAUAACAAGGAGCUCAAGCUAGCCUUGGAAACACUAAGGAAAAAGAAUCCUCAUGCAAGGAUACUGUAUGCUGACUAUUAUGGUGCUGCCAAACGUUUCUUCCAUGCUCCAGGACACCAUGGGUUUACUAAUGGGGCGUUGAGAGCAUGCUGUGGUGGAGGUGGACCCUACAAUUUCAACAUUUCCGCAAGGUGUGGUCACACAGGUUCAAAAGCAUGUGCAGAUCCAUCCACAUAUGCAAACUGGGAUGGAAUUCAUUUGACAGAAGCAGCUUAUAGGUACAUCGCCAAAGGCCUAAUUUACGGUCCAUUCUCAUAUCCUCCCCUCAAGAUCUCUCCCAACAAGAUAGCCUAGUGUUGGUGCUAUAUAUCAGCAAAUUUUCUCGCUGCAUCGGGAAAAAAAUCUAUAACAGUGACCUACUAAUAAUGAUUAUGAUGAGAACAUUUUGGUUGUGGAUUUCACAUAAUAAAUUUUUGUUUAACAUGAAAGAUUUGUGGGUGAGAAGAGAAAGCUGUCCAUUUUUUAGUGGCUUAA